AUGAACAACUACGCCGUCAUGGAAAAGAUCGGGAAAGCACGGUGCGUACUGCAUCGUGUGCAAGGCAAAGUUCAAGUUCAACGACAAAAGUUUAGGAAGAAGUUCAGAGUCAAGGGUGACGAGGAAGGCGUGCCAGCCACGGCCAUACGAGAGGUGUCCCUUGAUUGGGAGCUAAAACACAACAUUGUGUGUCUCGUGUACGUUGUCAUGAUGGCGUCUGAGGCUACACACUUGGUCUUUGAGUAUAUGACCAUGGACCUUAGGAGGCACUUGGAUUCACGGCCCGAAAACAAGGCCCUAUAG